UUUCAAUCGGGUACUUGUGGAUGAGAAUACUGCGUGAGGUCUACUGUUCACAGAACUACUAGUACUAUCAGCACUUUGUUUUGCUUGUUUCAGCAUUCAUUGAAUCGCAGACCGAACGUAUGGAUGUUCUGGAUGGAGUGUUGGCCAAAUACAAUCUGCUUUCCGAAUCAGCCGAGCCAGCACCUUCUACUUCAACAUCUGAAGGAGCCGAUGAGGUGGGCACAGACGAGCGCUACCUGAUGUCCCUGGUUUCGAAAACCAGUCAUGAAGCAUUUCACCGCAUUUUGAGCGAUUUCGCUGUGGUGCCUUCUGUUUUCUCACUCUACAGUUUCGCUGAUAAACUGCAACCAGCUGAAGGAGCGAGAUACUUUGACUGGGAUCAGUUGGACUCGUUUGCGUCGACGGUGUUCCGUACACCGGGCAAUCUGAACACAUGUUGGCAGAUGCCUGAGCUGCUGCUCGAGGUGGAGGAGAGGGCCGCCAAACGCCAGCGUAUGACCAGGAAACACGAACUGGAACCGGCCAAGAAGAUUAUGCCCAACAGUGUGGUGAACGAAGAUGCGAAGAAAGUGGAGGAGUAUCGUGUGUUGAACAAAUCUCUGCGCCAAUCGUUCAGUGCCAAUCGUCAACGACCCGUCGACUUUUUCGAGUUGGUAGUCGAUAAGCAGUCGUAUCCGACCACUGUCGAAAACAUCUUCAACUUCGCCUUCCUCAUCCGAGAGGACAUGGCUAAACUGAAUAUCAGUAAUGAUGGUAUGCCCAAAGUGGAACCAGUGGUCGAAGAUAGAGAAGAAGGAAGACGGAAGAAAAAUGAGCAAGAAUCCAACCAGAUGAUUCUUUCAUUGGAUCACGAAAAGUGGAAGAAAAUAACCAAGCACUUGGAUAAUUUGAAAUAAAUACUUUAUGUGAUAUGAAAAUCAAUUAUCAAAUUUUUUAAUGAUGAAGUCAAUUUUGUAAUAAGAAUUUUUAUUGUUUAGUAAUAAACUAUGUAUAUUUUUUACACAUCUCUUUAUUUCAGAGUUACAACAAAUCAUUAUUUUAUUUGUUUCCAACUCAAUUGGCUAUCUUGUGCUAUAGAACUUACAGAGAUGUGUCUUAGGGUACUAGUAGUUCUGUGAACAG